GGUCUGAAGUCCUUCUCAGCAGUCAGAGUGUGUGGAUGAAUCCAACUGGAGGACAACGCCCUUUGAUUGGUUCCUCAUAGCUGACUGACUGGUGUGGUGGAUACCCUGCUUGACCCCCACAUAGUCCUGAUUGUGGAGAGCUCUGACCAGGGGGGAAGACUUUUAACGUGACACGCCGGACCAUGGACAGGAAGCGGAAAUGGGUGCUAAGCAGCGGUGCUUUGCUGGUGAUAUUCCUUGGUCGCAUGACCACAGCCUUAGAAGUGCCUCUUGACCCUAAGGUUCUGGAAGGAUUACCACAGCCUCCCACUAUAACCCACCAAUCCCCUAAGGAUUUCAUCAUCGACCCUCGGGAGAACAUCCUCAUCUACUGUGAGGCCAAAGGGAAGCCGCAUCCCAGCUUUUCCUGGACACGAAAUGGGACGCAUUUUGACGUGGAGAAGGACUCUAAGGUGUUGAUGAAGCCGAGCUCAGGGACGCUGGUCAUAGACAUCAGUGGGGAGAAGGCUGAGGCCUACGAGGGGAUCUACCAGUGUACCGCACGCAAUGAGCACGGGACCGCUGUUUCCAACAACAUCUUCAUCAGACAGUCGAGGUCCCCCUUGUGGUCGAAGGAGAGGAAAGAGGCAAUCAUGGUACAGGUGGGAGUGUCUCUGGUGCUGCAGUGUCGGCCGCCUGCAGGCCUGCCCCCUCCCAUCAUCUUCUGGAUGGACAACAACUUCCAGCGCCUGCCUCAGAACACGCGUGUGUCCCAGGCGUUAAACGGAGACCUGUACUUCUCUAACGUCCUAUUGGACGACACCAGGAACGACUACAUCUGUUACGCCCGCUUCCCCCACACACAGACCAUCCAGCAGAAACAACCCAUCACGGUCAAAGUCCUGGACAUGGAUGCGAUCAAUGAAACUGUGGCAGCUUUGUACAAUUAUACGAACAAUUUAUUUGUUGACAGUCCAUCGGGGGAGCGGCGACCCAGCUUCAUGGCUCCUCUGGGGCGGAGCAGCACCCAGAUGGCCCUGAGGGGAGGGGUUCUGGAGCUAGAGUGUAUCGCUGAAGGACUUCCGACUCCGGAGGUGUCCUGGUAUAAGGAGAGUGGCGAUCUUCCUAGCAGCCGGAUGUCCUUCCACAACUUCCAGAAGACGUUGAAGAUCGCAGAUGUGAUGGAGGCGGACGCCGGGGACUACCGCUGCACGGCCAAGAACAGCCUAGGCUCCGCCCAUCACACCAUCAAAGUCAACGUCAAAGCGGCUCCGUUCUGGAUCAGUGCCCCCAGGAACCUGAUCCUGGCCCCGAAGGAGACAGGCAUCCUCACCUGCAGAGUCAGUGGAGACCCCAAGCCCCAAAUCGCCUGGUCCGUCAACGGAGUCCCCAUCGAAAACUCUCCAAAGGACACGAGUCGGAAGGUGGAGGACGACACAGUGAUUCUGAGCGACGUCCAGACUGGCUCCAGCGCUGUCUACCAGUGCAAUGCCUCCAAUGAGUUCGGCUACCUGCUGGCUAAUGCUUUUGUCAAUGUGCUUGCCGAAGCACCAAGGGUGCUGACUCCCCCCAACAAUGUGUACCAGGUCAUCACCAACAAUCCUGCCUUCCUGGACUGUGCCUCGUUCGGCUCGCCCAUACCAACCAUCACAUGGUUUAAGGACAGCCAGACCAGUAUCCUGAAUAGAGACCCAUAUGUGAUCCAUAAUAACGGUACCUUAGAGAUCAACGUAGCCCAGUCCCUGAACAGUGGCAAGUACACCUGUAUAGCCUCCAACAACCUGGGAACCAGGGAGAACCAUGUCUACUUGGAGGUCAAAGAGCCGACGAGGAUCCUGGCCCAGCCAGAGUACAUGGUGGUCCAGAGGAACAGGAAGGCCGUGUUUGAGUGUAAAGUUAAACACGACCCCACCCUCAUCCCCACCAUGAACUGGCUCAAAGACAACGGAGAGCUGCCUGACGACGAGAGGUUCUUGGUAGACACUGACAGUCUGACCAUCAACGAAGUGACAGAGGAGGACGAGGGAACCUACACCUGUGUCAUGAACACCACCCUGGACCAGGACUCAGCUAGCGCCAUGCUCACCGUCGUUGAGGCUACUCCAACUCCUGCUAUUGUCUACGAGGAACCAGACCCUCCUACAGACCUGGAGCUGACUGACCAGAGAGAGAGGAGCGUCCAGCUCACCUGGAUACCUGGAGACGAACACAACAGCCCUACACAGAAGUUCCUAGUCCAGUAUGAAGACCUGCUCCACCAGGCUGGGGUGUGGCACAACCUGACAGAGGAGGAGGGCACCAAGACCACAGCCCACCUGGACCUGUCCCCCUACGCCUACUACUCCUUCAGGGUUCUGGCCGUGAACCAUGUGGGCUUCAGCCAGCCCAGCCAGCCCUCCAGACAGUACAGGACCAACCCUGCAGCUCCAGAUGUGAAUCCAACAGAUGUCCAUGGUGUUGGAACUGAACAUAAUAACUUAGUCAUCUCAUGGAAGGAGCUGACAGGCCUCCAGUCCAAUGGACCAGGACUGCAGUACAAGGUGAACUGGAGACAGAAGGAUGUGGAGGAGGACUGGUUGUCUGAGACCGUGGCUAACGCCUCCAAGUAUGUGGUGUCAGGCACGCCCACUUUCGUACCCUACGAGGUCAAAGUUCAGGCGGUGAACGACUACGGAAACGGACCAGCGCCUGAGGCGGUGGUGGGGUAUUCUGGAGAGGACGUGCCCAUGUCAGCCCCAGAGAGUGUCCAGGUGCUGGUUCAGAACGGGACGCUAGCAGAGGUUCACUGGGAGCCUGUCCUCACCUCCAUGGUCAGGGGACGACUCCAGGGCUACAAGGUGUCCUACUGGCGUGAGCGUAGCCUCCACCAGGCAGAGGCUCAGCAGGAGGAGCAGCAGGUGUUGCUCUUCAGUGGGAACAGGACUGACGGCAGACUACCAGGCCUCAAACCCUACAGCCUCUAUACACUGAACAUCAGGGUGGUCAACGGCAAGGGAGAGGGGCCCCCCAGCCCCAACCACAACUUUGAGACCCCAGAGGGAGUCCCUGGUCCUCCUUCCUUCUUGCGUAUAAAGAACACCGACAUGGACUCUCUGACGCUGGAGUGGGGUCCUCCACAGGACAACAAUGGUCGCCUCACCGGCUACACACUCAAAUACCAGCCAGUCAACAGCUCCAAUGAGCUUGGUCCCGUUGAGGAGAUGAUGUUCCCAGCCAAUGAGACCACCGUAAUCCUGGCCGACCUCAAGUACAGCACCCGCUAUAAGUUCUACUUCAACGCUAAGACCAUCAAGGGCUCCGGCCCAACCAUCACAGAGGAGGCUGUCACUAUCAUGGAUGAAGCCUUUAUUCAGCAACCCAUAGUAGAUGUGUUCAAAGUGCGUCCUAUAGGCCCGGCGUUCACCAAUGUAAACUCCUCUGUGGUGGGAGAGGAGGGAGCAGUGAUAAGUUGGGAAUACUUUGGACCAGAUAAGAAUGUGUAUGUGGAGUAUAUUGUAGAAAACAGUAAAGAAGACUGGACCAAAGAGUUUGUAAACGGCAGUAGCGGGUCUCAGACCCAUCUGAUAAAGGGCUUAAAGCCGGGGACAUCCUAUAGGGUUCGGCUGGUAGUGAAAGAUCACUCUGAGGCCACCAUACACAGUACAGAGGAGCUAGUGAUAACGCUGCCAGAAGCAAUGAAAAGCGACCAGGUGGACCUAGCCACUCAGGGUUGGUUCAUAGGGCUGAUGUGUGCCAUCGCUCUCCUCAUCCUCGUCCUUCUCAUCAUCUGCUUCAUCAAGAGGAACAAGGGAGGGAAAUACCCAGUGAAAGAAAAAGAGGAUGCUCAUCAAGACCCAGAGAUCCAGCCUAUGAAGGAUGAUGAUGGGACGUUUGGAGAGUACAGAACAUUUUACCAAGGAACAAGGAAACUCUCCCUUCCUGACUCCCUCGAGGCAAGACAGAAUCUACACCUCUCUGUGUUUAAUUAACAAGACAGAAUCUACACCUCUCUGUGUUUAAUUAACAAGACAGAAACUACACCUCUCUGUGUUUAAUUAACAAGACAGAAUCUACACCUCUCUGUGUUUAAUUAACAAGACAGAAUCUACACCUCUCUGUGUUUAAUUAACAAGACAGAAUCUACACCUGUCUGUGUUUAAUUAACAAGACAGAAUCUACACCUCUCUGUGUUUAAUUAACAAGACAGAAUCGACACCUGUCUGUGUUUAAUUAACAAGACAGAAUCUACACCUGUCUGUGUUUAAUUAACAAGACAGAAUCUACACCUGUCUGUGUUUAAUUAACAAGACAGAAUCUACACCUGUCUGUGUUUAAUUAAUAAGACAGAAUCUACACCUCUCUGUUUUUAAUUAACAAGACAGAAUCUACACCUCGCUGUGUUUAAUUAACAAGACAGAAUCUACACCUCUCUGUGUUUAAUUAACAAGACAGAAUCUACACCUGGCUCUAUUUAAUUAACAAGACAGAAUCUACACCUGUCUCUAUUUAAUUAACAAGACAGAAUCUACACCUGUCUCUAUUUAAUUAACAAGACAGAAUCUACACCUGUCUCUAUUUAAUUAACAAGACAGAAUCUACACCUAUGUGUUUAAUUAACACUGUAAAUACUGUACUUACUUACAAAUAUGAUUUCAUAAUAAAUCAAAGCAACUUUUAUACAUUAGUGUGUGUGUGUGCAAAUAGUAUGUAUUUUAAUGUAACAUUAAAAACAGCUGUCAUGCUAUCAUUGAUGAGAAGUUGUAUCAAGCUUUGCUGCUGAACGUGUCUCAAUCUGCAUCUUGUUAUAUCAUCAUCAUACUUUGUGUGCCAAAUCUUUUUUGGGGUUUUGUUUUUAGUUAGUAUAGUAAUAAUAAUUGUGGUGCUUCAAACGUGUUGACUGAUAUCAGGCUGCUACUGUAAUACAUGGGUUGACUGUUUGAUAUCAGGCUGCUACUGUAAUACAUGGGUUGACUGUUUGAUAUCAGGCUGCUACUGUAAUACAUGGGUUGACUGUUUGAUAUCAGGCUGCUACUGUAAUACAUGGGUUGACUGUUUGAUAUCAGGCUGCUACUGUAAUACAUGGGUUGACUGUUUGAUAUCAGGCUGCUACUGUAAUACAUGGGUUGACUGUUUGAUAUCAGGCUGCUACUGUAAUACAUGGGUUGACUGUUUGAUAUCAGGCUGCUACUGUAAUACAUGGGUUGACUGUUUGAUAUCAGGCUGCUACUGUAAUACAUGGGUUGACUGUUUGAUAUCAGGCUGCUACUGUAAUACAUGGGUUGACUGUUUGAUAUCAGGCUGCUACUGUAAUACAUGGGUUGACUGUUUGAUAUCAGACUGCUACUGUAAUACAUGGGUUGACUGUUUGAUAGCAGGCUGCUACUGUAAUACAUGGGUUGCCUGUUUGAUAUCAGGCUGCUACUGUAAUACAUGGGUUGACUGUUUGAUAUCAGGCUGCUACUGUAAUACAUGGGUUGACUGUUUGAUAGCAGGCUGCUACUGUAAUACAUGUGUUGACUGUUUGAUAUCAGGCUGCUACUGUAAUACAUGGGUUGACUGUUUGAUAUCAGGCUGCUACUGUAAUACAUGGGUUGACUGUUUGAUAUCAGGCUGCUACUGUAAUACAUGGGUUGACUGUUUGAUAUCAGGCUGCUACUGUAAUACAUGGGUUGACUGUUUGAUAUCAGGCUGCUACUGUAAUACAUGGGUUGACUGUUUGAUAUCAGGCUGCUACUGUAAUAAAGCACAUAGCAGAAUGUAUUUUCUCAUCCACCACUCUUCAUGUGUUCCUCCAUUGUUCUCUGUCUUUGGGGUGUAGGUCCCUGGAAAGGUAAGAGGGUUAGCAUUAUGCUAUGAGCAUACAGCAAGCCUGGCAUGCAACACACACCGUCUGAACCAGGUCUGUGUGUGUGUCUGAACUGAUACUAAAGGAGACAGCUGGGCCUUGUCGAACCCAGCACAGAUUAUACUAUGCCAGUUUAACUCACCUGUUUGUUGGCCAGCACCUGAUUUUAAUCCAGUUCUAUUUAUUGAACACUAACAGUCACUAAAAUCAGAAGCUACUAUUUGACUGCAUAUCCUGUUUGGCUUCAUUUUCAGUUGCUUUCAAUGUUUCCUUUUGGGUAGAAAAAUGUCAACAUUCGGUUGUAUUUCUGAGUUGUGCCAUUGUAAUGUCGAUCAAAUAUAGGUAUAUACAC